CACAACUUUAGACCUAAACGAUCGUAAACUUCCAUGACUGUGAUUGUGAUCAAAUGAUUUAUAUGUACGCUUUAAAAAUGAAUUGGAUUUUGAAAACGAUUUUAACAGUGUGGAUUUAUCAACGGAUAUUUCUGGAAGAAUUCAUGGUAUAUGGAGAUGGUAUUGAAAUUGCGGAAUGUAAAAUCAACUGCGCAUGUUGUAAAGAUCAAGACUGUGGGCCAGGUAACAUCUUGUCAGAAGGUACGUGUUACAAAGGCUGCAUUGAUGGGUACUAUGGUGUUCGGUGCUAUCAAAAAUGCACUUAUAACUGCACAAAAUGUGAUCCUGUUGACACAUGUACUUCCUGCUACGAUGGAUAUUACCCCGGUGCAAAUAAGGACUGCACAGAAAAAUGUCCCACUGGUUGUAAAUCAUGUAGAUCAAGUAAGCAUUGCACAGAAUGCAAGGAAGACUUUUACAACGCAAAUGGAUCAACAGACUGUCAAUUUCGUAGUUGUCCGUUACACUGUCAAUGUGAGCAGGGUAAGUGUGUGUCAUGUGAACCUGGUUACUAUGAUGCAAGUUCAGAAUGCACCAAGAAAUGUCCGUCAAAUUGUGUCACGUGUUCAUCAAGGGAUACCUGUGAAGUGUGUAAAGACGGAAAUUACAAUGGCCACGAAUUUGACAACAACAAUAAUGUACUUUUGAAUAACUGUACACACGGAUGCCGAACAAAUUGCACCAGCUGUUCAUCUUUUGAUGAAUGCCUACAAUGUGAGUCUGGUAAAUAUGGCAUAAUUUGCAAAAACGAAUGCUCAGCCGGGUGUAAAAGCAGGGUUUGCCUGAAGGAAAAUGGCAAAUGUGAAGACUGCUUGAAAGGAAAAUAUGGAGAAACAUGUAGCCAUCCAUGUCCCUACAAUUGUAAUGAUAAUAAAUGUGACAAAGAAUCUGGAUAUUGUUUGGCAUGCAGUGGAAACUAUGACGGAAACGAAUGUAACCACUGUAAAGCAGGAUUUUUUGGGCAGUCAUGUAAUGAAAAUUGCUCUAGUCAAUGUUUGAAUUCUACUUGUGAUAGAGCUACAGGACAGUGUGAUUUGGGUUGUAAAAGUAAUUAUUCUGGAGAUAGAUGCUGUGUAAAGAAUGCUAAUUGUCUUAAUUGUUCGUCAAACACUGAAUGCAGCAAUUGUAAACCGGGAUAUUUUAGCGAGGGGUGUAACAAAUCAUGUUCUCCAAAUUGUGCAGAUACCUGUGAAAUAAGUGAAGGCUUUUGUGCGUCUUGUAAAGUUGACUUUCAUGGUCUGUUUUGCAAUUUACAUUGUCCAAAAUCUUGUAAAGCACCACAAUACAACAUCAGUAGAUGUGAGCAGAAAAAUGGAAACUGUUCCUAUGGGUGUCUUAGUGGUCGUUUUGGUCUAAAAUGUAGCAGGACGUGCUACAGCGGUUGUAUUGAUAAUAUAUGCAUGCAAGAUACGGGAAUAUGCAAAAGAGGAUGUGAGAAACCAUUUAAAGAUCCUGCGUGCUAUUUAACGUCAGAAAGUCAGAAAUCAGAGGACAAAUGCCAGACAGUUAUUAUAGUAAUGGGUGUUAUCAUAGCACUUCUAGUUGUGCUGGUCAUUAGUUUGAUUGCGUCUAAAAUUGUCGUCUGGAAAAGACAAUAUACACAAAGAAACAGUAAAGACGCAAGAGUAGCUUUCGAACAUGCGACCUCAUAUGCAAAUAUUGAACAGAAGGGAGGAAACGAAGAUAUGUCCACUAGGAAAGAUCAUGUUUACUAUAAUACAAAGGAUGGCCAUCAUGAUUCCUUAACUGCGGGUAGUUCACAGCAAAGUGAAUAUGAGAAAGUGAAUUCAGUAGAAGUUUCAGAACACGAAUAUGAACAUAUAUCGUCUGCUGUUUGAUCACCAAAUAACACAAGCUAGAAAACAUGGAGAGGACCAAAACGACUGAUGUACAAUUAUAAAUGAUACGCCUGGCCAAUAAUGUACUAUAAAUGAUAACAGAGUAUAUUCUGGAUUUACAAUAAAUGUAUAUGUACUUUAUCCAGUGUAUGUGUAUAUUAAAUGAAGUAUUUAGUUACAAUUCUAUUCAUUACUGAUUUUAAUUAUAGUGUAGUACAAUAUAUUUGUUUUUAAAGUGUUUCAUGUUGUUAUAUUUGAUGAGUAAUAACAUAAUUACAUUAUGCAAAUAAGUUAACAACUAACUUCCAGAUCUUUGUCAAAAUUUUACUUUAUGGGUAUAUGUCUCAUUAUCUUUCGCAUACACUUAUGCUGUCUUAAUAAGGAUACCGUUGAUAGGCAAAAAUAACCUUUACAAAAGAAACAUGGUUUUAUUUAAAACGACCGCCUUAGCUGAUAAUAAUGGUAAACCAUCUUAAUAUUAAUAUGAUUGACAUUUGUUAUUUUUAUACACAUAUCAGAAACAUCAAGCAUGCUAUUUGUCGUCCCUAAACAAAUCCAAACAACAGAACAGAUCAAACUGUUACAUGAGCUUUUUUAUCGAAAAGUGACGUAUCUGAUUUCUUAUUAUGUGCAAAUUAUUUUCUAGUCAACUUAAUGAGAAUAAUAAGAAUAAUAGUAAUAGUAAUUUUACAUACACUAGAGAUAUGACCUGUUUUUGCAAAACCUAGGCAUGAAGUUUGAAAGCUUUGAAAUGCAGGCAAAUAUCCAUAUAUUUCCCAACAAUAGAUAUGUUCACUAUAUUUUAACCAGAAGUGUAUUGUUAUGAUUAUUUAAUAUUUUCAUAUAAAAGAAAUUUUAAGAUCAAGGAAUUAUAACUCUUCUUCGACAUGUAGAAUAUACACCUCAAAGGGACAAAUUGGAUAUUUUCUAUAUGUGUUUAUUUUAUUUUACAUUCAACAGUGGUAUGGAUUGUUAAACCAUGAUCCAUUACUAGUAUACUGUUCACUAAAAUAUAGAACAUCUUAUCAGUCUGAUCACCUACAAAUACAUGCUCUAAUUAAGCUCUGACCGAGACACGAACCCAGGACCUCUCACACCUAAGGCAGACACGCUACCACUUUGCUAUAACAGCAGUAUGUAUAGCUAGACAUUGUAAGUGGUGUACCGUUAUUCUCUACCCGACUACAUUACGUUAACUGGAAACAUGUUGUGUAUAACAUAUUUGAAGAUUGGCAGUCACAUUGUUAGCUAACGGCAAUUUUCGUGUAAAGACAAAAUAUAAUCUAAUUUUACCAACAUUUUUAAUUGGUAAAAACUGUCCAAGUGUUUUAGAGUAUGAACUUACUAACUGCCCCAGUGAAAUAUAACUUACACCGAUUCUUCUGUAUUUGACCUUUUAGCAGCAGGCGAAUGGCAAAGACAGCGAGCUUAGUGCAAAUUUACGCAAUAAUUUUACAAGUUUCGAGAGGAUUUCAAUCGAUAGGAAAUUACAGACCUUUCUGCAUCACACGAAGUCUUUAGCAUUCGCUGUCAAUCAGUUGUAUGGCUAAGAUCGACUGUCAUUCAUACAUUCAUUCAUUCAUUCAUUCCAAUGAUUCGUAGACACAGAGUCCAUUGUUUACAGUUAAACUCGUUACCAGUGCACUUAUUAAAACCAUUAUAUUUACAAAAAUCAAAGUACGUUAAGAACUCUUGUACGUCUCUACAUACACUACAGAAAGUCAAUUUCACUUAUUUUGACAUCAUAAUAAUCAUGAUAACCAUAGUGGGAGACAAUCCUUGAAAGCAUUUGAAAAUCAUGAUGAGAAAAUUAGCAAAACAAUAAGCAAAGGGGCUUUUCUGUAAGGAAAAAAUUGUAUUCAAUUUUGUGUCAAAGAUAUUUUUUCGUCCAGCAUGGUUAUAAUAGCUUGGUUAGCAAUAGAAUACCAUAGGAUAGCUAUGAUAGAAAAGGGUCUAUUCUGCUGUACAGUAGAGUAAUUAUUGUUGACAGUUGUCCAACUGCUCAAAUUGGGAUGGAAGUUUGUAUGUUUACAAUUAUCAAACAGAACAUAAGAAGUAAUAUUCAAUCGUGCGUCAUAUUUCGUCUUUUUUGUAAUUAUAUAUAAAUACGACCUGUCUUUGAAGUGCUGAAUAUAGAAUGUGAUCAUCUAAAUAUGUUACUUUGCGUUUUAGUAUAAGGGAUAUACGAGGGAUGUUCUAUUAAAUCGUAUACAGUUGGAAUAACAAGAAAUUUGUGGAGAUCGAUUCAGGAGGAUUCCACAGUCAUUUAACACGGCAUUAAGAAUCGUAGCCCAUAUGUAGCGCAAUGUGCAUCUCUUCUCAAAAUACUCCCCUGCAUGUUUUCAAUGGUAAAGGAAUCCAUCGUAAAUAGCACUCGACGUUCGGUAAUCGUUGGAAUAUUUAAUAAAGUAAACUGUCGCUCUAUAGUUGUACAGUUGCAGCAUUACGUAAUUUGAGAUACGUUACGCAUGUUGUUCGACGUCUUGUAUGUUGCUAUUAUCACCGCUUUUACGUCGUCCUAGGGGUUCCCGUAGAAAAACUGCGAUGCCACUUAAUAAAGUAGUGUCUGCGAAACAUAAUAAUACCUCUCAACACGUUUCAACGUCUUCAAAUUUAAAGCAUAUGAGGGAGUUAUUUCGUUUUCUAUAUACUAUUUUAGAUUUUAGUGACUUUCCGUUGCGUCGCGGUAUCUUCCGACAUCGCCAUUUUACAUUAUGUGUUUGAUAACUUGCAUCAAUGAAAGGAAUACUGUUCGACAACUUAUGUUGUCGCUUUUUGAAAUUUUGGCAGCGUAACGUCAAAAUAAUUUAUGAUGACGCAGAUAUGAACGUUAAGCAGAAGUGAUAUGACAACAUGCUUCGCUAUAACAGUUUGAAGGCAGAUCACCAAUACUAUAUCGUUGUGCCUUAUAGCUUCUACCUCUCACACGUAUAAAAACAACAACAACAAAAAAACAUAUAAUUUUUUUUUAAAAGUUACUUUUAUAAAAAAUAUAUAUAUAGUUUCUUGGAAUUCGAUAAGAUAUACGUGUGUGUAAUAUAACUGUAAUCAGACGUCAAUAGAAAUGAUUUAUUCAAGUGUGUUCGAUUUACUGAGAAAAUCCUCAUAUAGCAUGUAAAUUUUUGGAAUAUUGAUUUGUUCCGUUGUGAAAGGUGUUGUUCUUUGUAUUACAAGUGUUUCGUGCAGAAUUGUUAUUUUGUACACUACCUGCUUCAGUUAUGUGUUUAACCUGUGAGAAUUACCGAAUAUGUAUAUUAGAUUUAUAAUUAUGAUACAUUCAUUCAUUUUGCUUGCAUGUUUACAUAUGUUUGUUUUGAUUGUAUCAUUUAUUCAUAAUAUUGUCUGACAUUGUACUAGUCCCCAAUGAUAACGUGACUCCCGCCAAAACGCG